ACUACUUCAUCUGGCAGCGAAUCAACUUGACGGCCCGUUCGUCCAACGUUUUGUAAACAAGUAAACACGUGCGUGCGUACCGGGAACUACUGAGCGUGAACCGCGCGGCUUAAGAUUAUCUGUUCAAGUGGCUAUAAAAUAUGAAGAAAGACAAAAAACCGAAAACCGUAAAGCCUAUAAAUGGUGAGAAUGGCUUGUCGGAAAGCAAGCAUCAGCUCAAAACGAAGAAAGACAAAAAUCCAAAGGUAGCAGAAGAUAACAAAAGCACUUCCUCUGUUACGGUCAAUGGGGGAGAGAAUGGGUUGUCGGAUACGAAAGAUUUAACGCGCCGCUUGGAUCUUAUAAAAACCAUAAACGAAGAGGAUGAGGUCGAAGAUUUCUCCGAGGAGUCCGAUACGGAGGUCGAGUUUCAGCCGACCAAGCUAAAAAACCAGAAGCUGACCGAUUUUGACGGAAGUUUCCAGUUCGUUUCAUCGGUGAAGGAAUACAACCACGACACAUGGGACGAUUUGAUGCGUUUCGUGAAGCGCAAGAACCGGGGUGAGGUUAACGAUAAGAUCGCCAAUGUAAUCCGCGACCGCACGAAGGAGAGUGCCGAUGCACUGAAGGAUGAUGAUGAGGAGGACGAUCGGGAUGACGAUGGCGCGGCGAAGCACAACGAAGAGUUGGAUCUGUCGGAGGACGAGAUGAAACACGAUUACAUGCGCGUGAAGGAGCGUAAGGGCAAAAAGCAGGUGACGGAAAAUGGUGGCCCCACCGUCGAGGUGAAGGAAGACACGGAAGACGGUACGAAGGACUAUUUCGAGGAGAUGGAAGAGAACGCCAACGGAGAGAUACAGUCGUUCUACCAGAUGGAUCUAUCGCGACCGCUCAUGAAAGCGAUCGGUGCGCUUGGGUACAUCUAUCCGACGCCGAUCCAGGCGUCCACCAUACCGAUCGCACUGAUGGGACGAGAUAUUUGUGGUUGUGCGGCAACCGGUACGGGUAAGACGGCCGCUUACAUGUUGCCCACGCUGGAACGUUUGCUGUACAAACCGAAUAUGGCCCAGGCUGUCACGCGAGUGCUGGUGCUGGUGCCGACUCGCGAGCUCGGUGCGCAGGUGUACCAGGUGGCCAAGCAGCUGACACAGUUCACCAACGUGGAUGUCGGUAUAGCAAUCGGUGGUUUGGACGUAAAGGCCCAGGAAGCGGUACUGCGCAAGAACCCGGAUGUUGUGAUUGCGACGCCAGGUCGGUUGAUCGAUCACAUCAAAAAUACGCCGAGCUUUUCGCUGGAUUCGAUUGAAAUUCUGAUUCUCGACGAAGCGGACCGCAUGCUGGACGAAUAUUUCGCCGAGCAGAUGAAGGAAAUUAUUCGCAGCUGUUCGGCCACCCGCCAGACGAUGCUGUUCUCCGCCACGAUGACGGAGGAGGUGAAAGAUUUGGCCGCCGUGUCGCUCAAAAAGCCGGUGAAAAUCUUCGUCAACAAUAAUCAAACGGUCGCGUUCAAUCUGCGCCAGGAGUUUAUCCGCAUUCGCGAAGGGCGCGAAGCGGAUCGGGAAGCGAUACUGGCGGCGCUGGUUUGCCGUACCUUCCACGAUCACUGUAUGGUGUUUGUGCAGACCAAGCGUACGGCGCAUCGGUUGCGCAUCUUGCUCGGUUUGCUGGGCGUGAAGACGGGCGAGCUGCACGGUGACCUUUCCCAGGCGCAGCGUCUCGAGUCGCUGAAGCAGUUUAAGGACGAGCAGAUCGACAUCCUGGUAGCGACGGACGUGGCAGCGCGCGGGUUGGACAUUAGCAGCGUCAAAACGGUCAUCAACUUUGUUAUGCCGGCGACGAUGGAACACUACAUUCAUCGUGUCGGUCGUACGGCACGUGCCGGCAAGGCCGGUGUUUCGGUUUCGCUGGCCGGCGAACAGGAGCGCAAAAUAGUGAAGGAAAUCGUAAAGAACGCCGUCAGCUCGGUAAAGAACCGCAUCAUUCCGCUGGACAUUAUCGAAAAGUACCGGAACAAGGUGGCAGCGCUCGAGCCGGAAAUUAACCACGUGCUGGCGGAAGAGCGGGCGGAGAAGCUGUUGCGCCAGACGGAGAAACAGCUUACCAGUGCCGAGCGCAAGCUGAAGGGUCAGGCGGCGGCCCCCAAACAGGACGGUCCACCGCGAGAGUGGUUCCAAACGUUGCACGAGCGCCGCGAAGAAAAGACACGCCUCGCCGGUGACGAAGCGACCGAGAAGAAGAAGGCCAAAAAGCGUAAGCGCCGUGGCGACGAUGACGAUGAGGACGAUUUCGAUCCCGUCCGAUACCAUCAGGAAAAGAUGAGAAAGCAAAGGGAAGCGGGAGGCGCGGUGGCGCCGUCUGGUGGGGACAAGAAGAAAGCGAAGAAGGAGGCGGAAGCAAACGCGGAAUCAAACAAAACACCGAAACAGCUGGCAAGGGAACGAGCGCUGGACGAGCUGCGCAAGGUAUCGAUGGUGCAGGCGAAGCUGGCCAAGAUACGCAACCGGCCGGGAAGCAUCAAUGCCACGGAAGAUUCCACCGCCCACAACAACGAGUCGAGUGCCGGCGGUGGUGGUGGUGGUAAGAACCGUAAGAAGCAGAAGAACUUCUCACGUUUCGAGCGUGACCUGACGGAUGUCGGUGCUAAGAACGUGAAGAAAUUGCGAUACGAUGCCUCGAAGAAGCAGCGCAUGGACAAGCUGGACAAGCGCAAGCAGAGCGGGUCGACGAAGAUGAGCACGGAGAAGAUGCGCAACAAGCAUGGUUUAAAUAAGCAAAAUAAGGGCAAAUCGUUCGGCCAGAAGGCGCCGAAACGGAAGCCGGACGGUGGUGCCGGUGGUAAGCGAAUGGGAGGUGGUGGUGGCGGCUUCGGCGGCAAGGGUAAGGGUGGCAAUAGGCGAAAGUGAGCAUGUUCUUUUCUGUUCUUAUGUUACGGCAAACGUAUGAAUAAAUCAAUACAAAGAUAAAAAAAUCUA